UCGUUAUGUGGACUGAAAAGAUGGCUCAAUCCAGGAGUACGCACUUUGGAGUGGCCCUAUGUCUGAUGGUGUCCCUCUGCGUGGGAGCACUGAAUGCGGCGUGUUGCGAGGAGGGCGAAACGAAAGUCGAUGAGGCUGAUUGCUCCAAGUAUCUAGUCUGCUGUCACGGUGAAUUCGUGUCCAAGUCCUGUGAAAGCGGCGACUAUUGGAACUCGGUUUGGGAGCGCUGCGAAGAGGAUAAUGGCGAGUGCAAGCCGCCAACCUGUGAGGAUGGCGAAAUCGAGGCCAAUCCCGAGGAUUGUGCAGGUUACUUGGAGUGCGUUGACGGAAGCGUUGUGAUCCUCACCUGCCCGGAGGGAGACUACUUCAACGCCACCCAGAAAAAGUGCCUCCCCGACACCUGUGGAGUCUGUGUCAACUGCACCGAGGGAAGCAAGAAGCCCGACCUCGACGACUGCACCAAGUUCCAGCAGUGCGUCAACGGAAAGUACGUGUCCAAAUCUUGCGAGGCCGGAGAUUACUGGAACUCGACGAAGCAGGAGUGUGAGUUGGACGAAGGCCAAUGCAAUGGCACUCCGUCGUGCACGGAUGGAGAACUCGAGGUGGACCCAACAGAUUGCGCAGGUUAUCUGUCGUGCUCGAAUGGUAUCUGGGUGAGCAAGCAGUGCGCCGAGGGAUCUUACUUCAAUACCAAGUAUAAUACUUGUGUUGUCGACACUGAUGGAGUUUGUGUUAACUGUACCGAAGGAACUACUGAACCUGUCGAUGACUGUACCCAGUACAAAAUUUGCACGAAUGGGAAGUUUGUGACCAAGUCGUGUGAAAGCGGAUAUUACUGGAACAGCAAGACCUCAGCCUGUGAAAAGGAUAAUGGAGAGUGCAAUGGCAAUGGAACGUCCUGUACUGAAGGUGAUCUUGAGGUUGACCCCACAGAUUGCGCAGGUUAUCUGUCGUGCUCGAAUGGUAUCUGGGUGAGCAAGCAGUGCGCCGAGGGAUCUUACUUCAAUACCAAGUAUAAUACUUGUGUUGUCGACACUGAUGGAGUUUGUGUUAACUGUACCGAAGGAACUACUGAACCUGUCGAUGACUGUACCCAGUACAAAAUUUGCACGAAUGGGAAGUUUGUGACCAAGUCGUGUGAAAGCGGAUAUUACUGGAACAGCAAGACCUCAGCCUGUGAAAAGGAUAAUGGAGAGUGCAAUGGCAAUGGAACGUCCUGUUCUGAAGGUGAUCUUGAGGUUGACCCCACAGAUUGCGCAGGUUAUCUGUCGUGCUCGAAUGGUAUCUGGGUGAGCAAGCAGUGCGCCGAGGGAUCUUACUUCAAUACCAAGUAUAAUACUUGUGUUGUCGACACUGAUGGAGUUUGUGUUAACUGUACCGAAGGAACUACUGAACCUGUCGAUGACUGUACCCAGUACAAAAUUUGCACGAAUGGGAAGUUUGUGACCAAGUCGUGUGAAAGCGGAUAUUACUGGAACAGCAAGACCUCAGCCUGUGAAAAGGAUAAUGGAGAGUGCAAUGGCAAUGGAACGUCCUGUUCUGAAGGUGAUCUUGAGGUUGACCCCACAGAUUGCGCAGGUUAUCUGUCGUGCUCGAAUGGUAUCUGGGUGAGCAACCAGUGCGCCGAGGGAUCUUACUUCAAUACCAAGUAUAAUACUUGUGUUGUCGACACUGAUGGAGUUUGUGUUAACUGUACCGAGGGAACUACAGAACCUGUCGACGACUGUACCCAGUACAAAAUUUGCACGAACGGCAAGUUUGUGACCAAGUCGUGUGAAAGUGGAUAUUACUGGAAUAAGGUCGAAAAGGCCUGUGAGAAGGAUAAUGGAGAGUGCAAUGGCAACUCAACGUGCACCGAGAAUGAGGUUAAGGAAAAUCCUGCUGACUGCGCAGGAUACCUGCAGUGCAUAAAUGGCGCCUAUGUGGCCAGGAAGUGCUCCGCCACGCAGUUCUUCAAUACCACACUGAAGGAGUGUGUCGUUGACCAGGAUAACGUGUGCAUCCCCAAGACCUGCGAUCCCGAUUGCUGUGAUGUGCCCAACAACUCCAUCUGGUCUGUUCAGAACAACUGCUCGGCCUUCUACCAGUGUGUGGAUGGCAACAAAUACGAGCAGAGGUGCUCCAACAAUUUGCAAUACAAUAACAAGACGGAGCAGUGUGAUUAUCCCGAAAAUGUUGACUGCGACGAUGGAUCUGCCCCGCCAAGUGGUCCGACUGCCGGGCCUUCGGGAACAUAUUGCGAGAGCCAUGGUCAAUGUGUUGGCCAGAAGGAUGGUACCCUCUUCCCAGCAGUCAAGGGCACCUGCAGUUCCGCCUAUGUCGUCUGCCAGUGCGAGUGUGAGGUCAGCCUGAGCUGUUCCUCCGGACUGCUCUUUAAUACGGAAGUCAAUUCUUGCGAUUGGCCCGAUAAUGUUAAAUGCUGAAUGUUUUCAAUAAACAACUAUUAACGCAGCGCA